AGGAAGCCCAAGACUCACCUGACAAUACGAAUUCAGUUACCCAUACAGAAUCAUUCUCACCAAUCCCAGAAAAUGCGCGCCACCGUCGCUGUUUUCGUUACUGUGAUUGCAGAGAGAGAGAGAGAGAGAGAGGACGCCUCUGUGAGUAUCUAAAAUUGCCCUGAUUUGUUGGUUUUCAUUAAUUUCUUCGACUUGGGUUGGACUUCGAUUUGCUGUACGAGGAGAAAAGUGCCGUAUAAGAGAGGAAGCGUGAGAAAGAAAGAGAGUAUAGGCUGGCUGUGACACAGCUUAUUUCGGAAGAGGAGACCACAACGCUCUUAGGAGGAGAAGAGCAAGAGGUGGUGGCAAUGAAAGGCCAAGACGACGACGUUGCCGAUUCUAGCUACCGGAAGGUCUACAACGACGAUCAGUUGGCUGUUGAAAUCCCCGAAACUGCCCAUCAAAUCAGCCACGAUUCAUGGUUUCAAGUGGGAUUUGUUCUGACCACUGGUAUCAACAGUGCAUAUGUGCUGGGAUAUUCUGGUGCUGUCAUGGUUCCUCUCGGUUGGAUAGGAGGCGUGAUAGGUUUAAUUUUAGCCACAGCCAUUUCGCUUUAUGCAAAUUCUCUUGUUGCCAAGCUCCACGAAUUUGGUGGGAGGAGGCAUAUCAGAUACAGAGACCUUGCAGGAUUUAUAUAUGGUCCGAAUGCUUAUUCUCUUACAUGGGCAUUCCAAUAUGUGAACCUUUUUAUGAUUAACACUGGAUAUAUCAUUUUGGCUGGUCAGGCUCUAAAGGCUAUCUAUGUUCUGUUUAGGGAUGACCAUGUCAUGAAGCUCCCAUACUUUAUUGCAAUAGCUGGUUUUGCAUGUGGCCUUUUUGCCAUUGGGAUACCCCAUUUGUCAGCUUUAAGGGUUUGGCUGGGAUUUUCAACAUUCUUCAGUCUAGUGUAUAUCGUCACAACAUUUGUGCUGUCUCUUCGAGAUGGAAUUGAAGCUCCAGCCAGGGACUACAGCAUUCCAGGAACAACAACGACCAAGAUUUUUUCAACUAUUGGUGCAGCUGCAAAUACAGUUUUUGCAUUCAAUACAGGAAUGCUUCCAGAGAUACAGGCAACAGUGAGACAACCUGUGGUUAAGAACAUGAUGAAAGGUCUUUUCUUUCAGUUCACCGUAGGAGUUUUGCCAUUGUAUACUGUUACUUUCAUGGGUUACUGGGCUUAUGGAUCCAACACCUCGACCUAUUUGCUCAACAGUGUUAAUGGUCCAGUUUGGGUGAAGACAAUGGCUAAUGUUGCUGCCUUCUUGCAAACUGUCAUCGCUUUGCAUAUAUUUGCGAGUCCAAUGUACGAAUUUAUGGACACAACUUAUGGAAUCAAAGGAAGUGCAUUGGCUUUUCGCAACUUGUCAUUCAGAAUUAUGGUGAGGGGCGGUUAUCUAACAAUAAACACAUUUGUUGCUGCUCUGCUGCCAUUUCUUGGUGACUUCAUGAGCCUCACAGGGGCUAUCAGCACCUUCCCGCUUACGUUUAUCCUUGCAAACCACAUGUACCUCGUUGCCAAGAAAAACAAGCUGAAUUCUUUACAGAAGCUUUGGCACUGGUUCAAUGUAUGUUUUUUCGGUUGCAUGUCUGUCGCAGCAGCAGUUGCUGCCUUGAGGCUUAUUGCAGUAGACUCCACAACUUAUCAUUUCUUUGCCGAUUUAUGAGCAUCAGUGUUAAUUCAAUCAAAAAUCUGAUCUCUCAUUGUUGUAACUAGCCUGAACAGUAAAGGUUUUAUCAUUGAAAAACUUAGUUUCUCGGGAUAUUUAUGCUUCUCUUUUAUUUGUCAUCUCUUUCAUGGCUCUAUGCCUAGGGUCCACAUUGCUUUUGCCUGAAGUCUGAACUUGUUGAAAUGUAUUGGAAAUAAGACCACAAUAUUACAUAUUUUCUUUGAAAGGUGCAAAUAACUAGUUGGG